CACACAUGUUUCAGAACAGAGAAAUGGCGAAAAUGAAAUCUGGAGAGAGGCUAAAGCAGAGACAAAGGAAAGGGUUCUGGUCACCUGAAGAAGACGAGAAGCUAAGCAGAUUCAUCCUCUCUCAUGGCCAUUCUUGCUGGACCACUGUUCCCAUCAAAGCUGGGUUACAAAGGAAUGGGAAGAGCUGCAGACUAAGAUGGAUUAAUUACCUAAGACCAGGGUUAAAGAGGGAUAUGAUUAGUGCAGAAGAAGAAGAAAUUAUCUUGACGUUUCACUCUUCCCUGGGUAACAAGUGGUCAAAGAUUGCGCAAUACUUACCUGGAAGAACAGACAACGAGAUAAAGAACUAUUGGCACUCUCAUUUGAAAAAGAGAUGGCUCACGACUCAUAGCUCUCAACACGCACCAUCUAUUUCCUCUUCUUCUGGAUCACGCGUUUCUUGUGGAGAAAGAAACACACAAACAUUAGUCCCAAAUCACGUCAUCUCCUUCCAGGGACUUCCAGAUAAGACAUCUUCAUCUCCAUCACAAGAAAGCAACAACAACUAUCUAUGUUCUUCUGGUCCUGAGGAGAUUCCAAGGCUUUUCUUCUCCGAGUGGUUUUCUUCCUCUGAUGUGACAGACUCUAAACACAAUCAAGCUCCAAGUAUUGAAGGAACUAUCUCAGAUUACCAGGAACCAGGUGAUGUUGAUCAGUUCCAUUACAACGAAAUGAUGAUGAACAACAGCAACUGGACUCUUGACGACGUCGUUUUUAGCUCUAAGUGCAAGAAGCAGGAACAAAAAAUUAAUAAAGAGGACUCAGAUUGUAACUCUUUUGGUUUCUUCUUUUUUCAUCAAGAAUGACGUAACUAUGUUACGUCUAAACCAAUGUAAAUCGAAUUUGUAAAUGAAAAAAAAAAAUUGAUGGUGAGAUGUUCAAAGA